AUGCCCGGGACUCUCAAGAUUAAGUCUUGUGUCAGCUUCUGGGGGAAAAACAUCACCUGCUACUGGGAUCUUCUGCCAGAAAUGGAUUCUCCAACCACCUACACCCUCCAAGUCACGGAGGAAGCUGGACACUGCCAAAGAGACUUUGGCCUCCCCAAGAACUGCGUGGCUGAUCCAGGAGAACGUUGGUGUGGCGUUCCAGUGGAGAACCUCUUUGCUUUCUACAAGAUCAAAUUAAUUGCACAGAACCAGCAGCUGUGGACUGACUCCUCGGAGAAAUGUGUCCAUGGAAUGAGCAUUGUGAAACUGAGUCCACCAGUAUUGAACGUGGUUGUACCCCAAAGCCACUGCCUCCAACCACAAUGGAACCAGCCUGGGGACGAGCUGAUAUCGGCAACGGAGGCCCAGUACGAGAUCCGGUACUGUGACCUGAUGGAGCUCUCUUGCCUGCAGGUAAAUUUUACAACCCUGGAGAAUGCUCCCCUUUCUGCAAACAUCUGUGGGCUGUUCCCCUUUACCAACUACUCUUUGCAAGUCCGGGCAAAAUAUCUGCAGAGUUCUGCUUUCCAAAGUGAUGGUGAUGCCUUUUGGAGCAACUGGAGCUUGGAGACAUUUGCAAGGACCCUUCCAGCAGUGCCUUCCCGAGGGCCAGCAUUCUGGAGGAAACUAGGAAACCCCACUGCUGACAAAAAGAGGGCGGUUGUCUUGAUGUGGAAGCCCUUGAAGCCCAAGGAAGCCAACGGUGAGAUUUUGGGGUACAGCCUCCUCUCUCAGAGGAAAGGGGAGCUCACGGCGCCCGAAUGCAUCACUCACCACCUGCGGUGUCGGCUGGUCCUCCCGGCCGGCGAAGAAUUCGCCUUUUAUCUCACCGCCAAAAACAGAGUUGGCAUCUCACCUCCAACCAAGCUGGUGAUUCCAGCCUUCCCUAACCCAGAAGUCCCGCCUUCCCCCCUGUCCAUCCUCGUGUCCUCAGCAGGGGACCACUCCCUCCUCUUACAGUGGUCUCUUCCCAGCACCCCAAGGAUGGACUUUGUUCUGGAAUGGAAAAAACUGCCCGAGGAGGAAGAGGAAGACCCACACUGGCAGUAUGAGAAUGUCAACCACGCUGUCAUUACUGAAGCCAUCGAGCCUGGGAAUCGUUAUGCCGUGAAGAUCUUUGGACUCUUAGAUGGCCGUCUCAGAGCCUUUGGUUCGACUCACGCUUACUCCAAGCAAAUCGCUCCACGUCGGGCCCCGGCUUUGUAUCCCACUCAGGUCUGGAAAUCUUGGGUGGAGCUGCAGUGGGAGAGGCUCCCCUUGGAAGAACAAGGUGGCGAGAUCCAGAACUACACCCUCUACUACAAGGAAGAGAAGAAGGAGGCCUAUCGGGCCGUGGUGCUGGACGGCUCAGUGCAUCACUACGUCAUCAACGGCUUGGCCCCCGGCUCAACUGUGAGGGUGUACAUGGUGACGGCCAACGAAGGCGGGAGCACCAGAGGAUCCUUGCUGUCCAUCCGCACUAAGAACUAUGACUAUGGGGAAGUUGAAAUCCUGGUCUCAGUUUUUUGCAUAGGGUUUGUCAUUCUCCUUGCAGGAACUUUGGUCUGCGUUUCCAGACAUCGAUCACUUCGGAAGUAUCUAUGGCCACAGAUUCCAGAUCCAAGAAAAAGCAAUUUGGCUACUUGGAUACCACAGAACAUGUGCCUGGACUUCACAUCUCAUGGCCCUGAGAAAUGGAGCCAGGCUUACCUCGGAAUGACCAUCAGUGACCUCCUCCAGGUUUUCCCUUCUCAACCUGAGGAUGCCGGUCCAGAACUCUUCCACGGAAAGCCGCCGUGGCCGGUGGAGUCUCCCGUGGCCUUGCAGAAGGCCGUCUCCAUGACCAAAAACGGGAUAGCAGCAUCACCGGAACCCGAAGACCAGCAGCUCCAGAAAUCUCUGGCCAUUUGGAGCGAGGUGGAAUAUUCCCGGGUGUUGGUGAUCGAAAGCAACCAGGGACCAGGCGAAACCUGGAGCGCUCCUCCUCGCUUCUGGUCCAGUGGCUGGGAUCUGGUCAAAACAUGCCCCGAAUCGCCAUUUCACCCACAGUUCUGGGUCCAGAAUUUGACCUACGAGACUUUCUUAGAUGCCAAGUCCUAUAGGAAGGCGUCCAUUGAAUCCGUGGGGGAGUUUCCACUCUUGGUUAGUCUGGUGACCAUGGAUGAAGAGCUACACUCUGUGGAAAAAUCACACCCCUAA